UCGAAAUUUGUUUUCUUUUUUGUACUUUCUAUUUUUAAGUGUCCUAUUAACAGCAUGCCUAAAUCAAUUUGCUUGUGUAUGGGUGUAUGCUGAUGCUGAUGGCCUGUUUUUUCUAAAAAAAUAUAGCAUUUUUAAAUUCUAAAAUAUAUAUAUUUUGCUUUUUUUUAGAUUUAGAUAAUUGUAUAAACAUGUCAGUUUGCAGUCAUUACAUUCGAAGAUGUGCUUUGGUUACACCUUGUUGUGAAAAAACAUACCCUUGCAGGUUUUGUCAUGAUAGGGAAGAAAAUCAUGAGUUAGAUCGCAGUUCUGUGGAGUUCAUCAAAUGUACCCAGUGUUCUACAAUACAAGAAGUAAGUCUACACUGCACUGAGUGUGGGAUACGCUUUGGUAUGUAUGCAUGUUUGGAGUGUAGAUUAUUUGAUGAUCAAGACAAAGAACAAUUUCAUUGCGACAAAUGUGGAGUAUGUCGUGUCGGUGGAUCGGAAAACUUCUUUCAUUGUGAUAACUGUGAAAUUUGCUUGAAAAUAUCUUUGAUUGAUUCACACAAAUGUCGUAGUGAAAGUGGUAAAGAUCGAUGUCCAGUUUGUUUUGAGUAUGUACACACCGCUUCAGAGCCAUCUUUUGUACCCAGCUGUGGACAUUUAAUACACUUCAAAUGUUAUAACUUGAUUCAAAGGUUUGGUCAUUCCUCAUGUCCAAUUUGUAUGCAAAGUUACAAUCCGCCAGCCACAAGAACCGUUGGCAAUGUCAAUGGAAAUACGUAACAGUUUUUUUCUAAUUGGCAUAAGCACUCAAGUACAACUGUGAAGAAUGUAAUAUUGGUGAAUUAACUUUAACCAAAAUAACAAAAGUACUUGUACGCUAUGUUCAAAUUAAUAAAAAUAAAAUAUUUAGCUUC